AUGCUGAAAUCACCACCGAAACGAGAGAAGAAUUCACGUCGCUCACUGAGCAAGCUGAUGAAGCGUAAGCUGUCAUUCAGAACGAAAGAUAGAAUAGAUUCCGAAGAAUUCGGAGGCACCAACAUUUUUUUGUCAGGGAAGAAAAAUAGACUCCCUAAAGGAAUGCCAACGGAAAUUGCUUUCAGACCUGGGUGUGAAGAUCAUGACGAUGAAAUUUCUUGUGAAUCACAGCUCAGAGAUCUUCCUGACUUGGUUUCAGCUGAAACACCAAUCAAGAAAGAAUCGCCUUCAUCAUCUGAAAGCAGUGGUUCGGAACCGCAGACGACUGAUCGGUUUCAGUCUUUACCCGAUGUGUUUCAGUCUCUUCCCAAUCGAUUUGAAUCACUGCAGAACUAUUUAUUCGCUAAUCGAAAGGGUUUGCUGGCUGUAGCUGUGGCCAUAUGUGUUUGCACUCAAGUUCCUGAGACAACCAAACUUCAACUUUCUGUGUUUGCAGCUGGCUUGUCCAGCACAAUCGUGGAACAAAGCAAGACAUUAGUCACAAAUGAGCCACUCAAAACGAUACGACAAAACAUCAAGCCAGUUACUACUGAGAAGCUGCCAGCAGAGGACCUGGGCACUUUCACCGGUAAAUUGAGUCGUAAUGCAUUGGAGGAUAUACCACAUCGUACGUUGCAAGAGGUCGGCAAUGCCGCCAUUGAUAACUUCAAUAGUGGAGCACAUCGAGAAAGCUAUGGAAGCUAUGACGUUGUUACAAGCCGAAUACUCCGAGGAGUCAUGCCAGAAAAGAACGGAAAUGGAAUUGCUGUUCAAUCGAAUAAUGUUGAGGUGCAACAAGACGGUACAAACACCAUUAUCUUUCAAAACAAAGUUGUUGAACCAGAAGGCAGUAAGAACACGAUUCUCCUCCAACCAAAUGUCGAGGGUGCUUCAAUACGAUUGGAUUCCAAUGGCGAUUUAAGAGCAGCGGCUCCAAGAGCGAUCUUGAAUGGUAUGCCCGAUCCGUUAGAUACACCAAAGCAGGGUCAAGUUGUAGGGUGGGCAACACAACCGGCAGAUGACGAAUUGCCACCCGAAUGUUACAACGUAUUCAAAAAGUUCCUUAGAAAUGACUGUAACCGCGCACCAGGAGAGACAGAAUCGAGGGAACGGAAUUGGAUUGAGGCGCUCUCGACUGACGCCUGGAUUCUCAAUAUGGAUAUUUAA